AUGCUAUUAGAGCACACAUCUCAUCAAAUCCAAAGUUAUCUACAAUUAAAUAUUAGUAAUCUUAAACGUACAUAUUUACAGCUGGUCAAUGUAACCACUCUGCGCUUAAACAAUACACGCCGUUCCCGCCUCCAAGUGGUCUUCUUCAAUCGCCCAACACGCGUGUGUACCGAGCAACUGGUUCCGCUCUUGCGGCUUCUAGCGGAUCAUAACGAUCUGAACCUGGUGCUCAAUGGACCGGUGCGGAGUAUAAGCCGCAUUCGCACGGCCAAGGAGGAGGAAAUUGAGGCCAAGUGGGUGAGCCAGCUGGAGAAGGACACACUUUACAUUGCGCACGGCAACUGGAUAAACUUUACGCAAUAUGAGCAACACAAACCCAUCUAUAUAUCACUGGUGCGGGAUCCAGUGGAGCGCAUGAUACAGAACUUCUAUGAGCAACGCACUCGGCAGAAACUGAUCGUAAGUCGUAGCAUCUAUCCGGGCUAUCCACAGCGCACAAAUGCCUGGUAUAAACAGAGCUUCAAUGAGUGUGUGCGCAGUGGCAGUCCAGAGUGUCAAUAUGUCAAAUAUUCAAUCGAGGAUGCCGUGGAGGAUUUCAAGAGACAAUCCCUUUUCUUUUGCGGCAAUCAUGAGGAUUGUUUACCCUUCAAUACGCAUCAGGCAGUGCAAGUGGCCAAGCGCAAUGUGGAAAAGGAAUACUCCGUUGUGGGCACGUGGGAGCAGCCAAACGUUACCCUGACAGUGUUGGAAAGGUACAUUCCGCGGUAUUUCAAUCAUGCACCAUAUCUGCAUAACUUGCACAAACAUAGCUACAGUAAACCCAAUCGCCAAUAUGCAAUCGAUGCCGAUGUUAGGGCUAUUGUAAGGCGAAAUUUUACCCGGGAAUAUGAUUUCUACUAUUUCUGCAAGCAGCGUCUAUAUAAACAAUAUUUGGCACUGCAGCUGGAGCAGAUUAUCGCUUGA